AUGUCGUCAGAGGAGGUCUAUCUCACGGCUAUCUUCUAUCCUAAACCGGACAAGGUUGAUGAGCUCCUGGCUGCCGUCCAGGAAAUCACCAAGGCCGUCCAAGCAACCGAGCCGGACGUCCUGACGUACUUUGCGUUCCGGGCAAAAGGCCAAGAUGGCAAGGAUGAGGUUGUCUUUGUGGAGAAAUAUAAGAACCAAGCUUCUCUAGAUGCACACGUCAAAACUGCCCAUUUCCAGGCCCUCGUUGAGAAACUCCCUGGGCUGGUGGAGAAGCCGUUUGAUUUGAAGCAGGGAUCUUUCAUUGCUGGCUUCGAGCACCGGAAUGAAAUACCUGCCCAGGCGGACGCUGUAGAAAGAGAAAAUGUCCAUGAGAAUCAGAACAUGGCAGCUGUUUUUCUCAGCGACAGAAGAGACAAACAGCAUCACCAGGGAUUCUGCAGAGCCGCCAAUAACGCCCUUCCUUGCGGCCAGCAGUCCAGCGGACCAAUGGAGGAUGUGAAAGAUCGAACCCUGGGGCUUCGCGCCAGAGCCUGUUGCUCCCUCCCUCGCGCCCAGGAGACUAAGAGACAGAGUCGCUCUCCAGUCGCCCGUCUGAGUGGCUGCCAGCUAUCCCAGCCCAAUCCCGUUCAAAUUGCUCGUUUCGUGCUGUGGCAGGCUGCUGCUCUGCUUGCUUGCAACGGCAACCGCCGUGGCCUGAGGUUCCUCCCAGUAAGGCCGCCCCCUGACUUCCAUCUCCUGCACCGCACUGCUCCCCCUGGCCCCCGACCCAACCUCUCUGACGGACGCACCAUUAUUCUCCACCGUCCUCCAGACGACUCCUUAAGGGUUGAACUGGGCAUCCUUCUGAUCGCAGCUUUCCUAGACCAGCCAGGUCGAACGACAGCGGGUCGACCGCUCCUCCCGCUCCUUGACAAGCGAUAUUCCCCCGCUUCUGCAUAUCGCCCACCACGAUCGACGCCAACCACGCCAGCAUUUCCUAAUCUGAUCGUUGCGCGCGGCUUCUGGUCUCUUGUCGUAAAAUUAUCUCGGUUAUUUGCUUCGUUUGUCGGCUCGCUGCGCAUACAGAGUCUGAUUCUGGCGGUACCAGUGUUUAAGAUGGCAUCUGGCCCCGCUACUCAAUCGCUGAAGGUUGGACAGACCGAUGGAUGGACAGAAUGCAAAUCAGCCGGAGCUAAUAGAUGUCUGAGAGCAUCAUUGACGCUCGACAGGUUCGACAACUAUUCUGCAAGCGUGAUGGUGGACGGUAAGCCCAUCAGCCUGGGUCUGUGGGAUACCGCUGGACAGGAGGAUUACGACCGACUCCGACCACUGUCGUACCCCCAAACGGACGUGUUCCUGAUCUGCUUCUCGAUCGUCAGCCCUCCCUCGUUCGACAACGUCAAGGCGAAGUGGUACCCUGAAAUCGAGCACCACGCACCGAACACUCCGAUCAUCCUGGUGGGCACCAAACUAGAUUUGAGGGACGACAAGGCCACGAACGAAGCGCUGCGUGCCAAGAAGAUGGAGCCGGUCUCGUACGAACAAGCGCUCCAGAUGGCGAAGGAGAUCAAGGCGCACAAGGUAUCUGGAGUGCUCAGCUCUGACGCAGCGCAACCUGAAGAGCGUAUUCGACGAAGCUAUUCGGGCCGUGCUCAACCCACGCCCGCAACCGAAACAGAAGAGCAAGAAGUGCGUGAUCGUGUAAAGCGAGACGAGGCGAAGCAAAGUCAAGCGAAACUAAUCCUUUCUAUUCCUUAA